GACCGAGCAACCAUUUUGAUCAAGUGAUGGCCACUGCCACGCCCCUCGACGUGAUGGCCACUGCUCCCUCCAGUCUGGAGCUCCUCGCCCAGGCCCAGUGCGCCGUGCGGGACGAGGUCGGCUCCCUCCUGGCCGCGGUGGCCGCGCUGUCCGAGGAGAAGGCGGCUCUCCAGCUCGCGCUCGACGCAGCGGCGGACCGUCAGCGCAGGGCUGAGAGCGAUCGCGACGAGGCGCGCGCGACUGGACAGGUGCUGCAGGCCCGAGUCGCGUCGGCGACUGAGGAGGCAGCCUCGCUCCGCUCCAAGCUCUCCCAGCGGGAGGGUGCGCUGUCGGUGCUGAGGUCCGAGGCUGCGCUCGAGCGGGAGGGGCGGCAGCGGGCCGAGGCGGAGCGGGAGGAGGCGGUCGCCGCCUUGCAGCGCCGCGAGGCGGCGCUCAGGGAGGCGGCGGCGCGCGAGGCCGAGGCGGCGGCGCGCGCCGACGAGGCGCGCGGGCUGCGAGAGGAGCUCGCCGAGGCGCGAGCCGACGCGGCACGGAGGGCGGAGGCCAACGAGGCGCUUCGCGGGAAACUGGCGGAGGCGCACAAGCGGGGCGGCGGCGGCGGCGGCGGCGGCGGCGGCGGCGGCGGCGGCGGCGGCGGCGGCGGCAGCGGCGGCGGCGCGGCGGCCUCCCAUGCGUCCUCCGAGCCGUCUGCGGUCGUCGAGUUUGCGCGGCGCGUUCUCGAGGCGACGCACGCGGAUCGGAGCGGCAGCGCGCUCGAGGAGGUCGCUCGCCAGCUCUUCUUAGCGCGCGGCUACGCGGCGCCUGCACGGCGCAGCGGGCC